CCGACAACACACACACACAAAAAAAGUAUAGUGGGAAUUUACUGUAAUACAUUCAAGAAAGUAGAUCCAAAGUACAAUAACUAGUGUACUAGUAAAUUAGUCUAACACCCAUUUUAGCUCAAACAUCUCUGUCAAUAUGAAAAAAUCAAAUUAAUCCCAUUAUAGUAGAUCCAUUUUGCCUUGUAGAUCUCAUUCCCUAUUGCCCUCAUAGCAAAUAGUGAAACUAAAAGAAGAUGGCAAGGCAAUCUGGAAAUUGCUUAAGGUGUUGUUUAGUAAUAUUUGCUGUAGUUUCUGCACUUUGUGUAUCUGGUCCUGCUAUUUAUUGGAAGUUGAAGAAACUCAAAGUUAAAGCUGCUCAAUCUUGUACGCCUUGUAAAUGUGAUUGUUCUCCUCCUCUCUCCCUUCUUGAAGUUGCUCCUGGCUUGGCCAACCUUACAAUUACAGACUGUGGAAAAGAUGAUCCGGAACUUAAGGAGGAGAUGGAGAAACAGUUCGUAGAUUUACUAUCCGAAGAGCUGAAACUGCAGGAGGUUGUUGACAAAGAGCAUGUCCAUCAUAUGAACAUCACGUUUGUAGAGGCGAGAAGGUUAGCUUCCGAGUACCAAAAGGAAGCUGAGAAAUGCAUUGCCACAACGGAAACUUGUGAAGUUGGACGAGAAAGAGCUGUCGUGUUGCAUGCCAAAGAAAUGAAAUUGACGGCCCUCUGGAAGCGCAGAGCACUCCAAGCCGGUUGGAAAGACUGAAUAAAACAUGAAGUUUUCCUCACAGCAGUUCAAAUUUUGUUGUCCACUGUUUAGCUUAUGUUAGUUGUAUUCUCUUUAUGAGCACAAAAUUGCUCAUAUUUCUUCAUCUUAAUAUAUGCAUUUACUUUUUAUACUCUUGUACCCUUGUCAUGAUCAUAGGAAAUAUGAAAUAUAACCUUUCAUUGA